AUGGAAGUGACAUGUUCCAUUAGAGGUGAUCUUAGGUCUGCUUGCAAUGCUGCUGGUAUGAUAGACAGAUAUAUUCUUGGCACUGAUCAUUUAUAUCAAAAGCCUGCUUACAGAAACCUCAAGGAAUGUAAUAUAUCUAAAAGUGGUCAAGUUUCAAAAUCUGCACCUUCAUGGUGCUAUGCCCCUUUUGAACCCGAAGGCAUCUUAAGUUCCUUAACAACUUCUUUGGCCUGCAUAAUUGGUAUUCAAUAUGGUCAUAUUUUGAUCGAGUUGCAAGGGCAUAAAGAUCGAGUUUGUAACUGGUCCCUCCUCUCAGUUUCAUUUCUAAUUCUUGGAUCCAUACUUGCUCUCAUAGAUAUACAAGUGUUGCAUUUUUCAUUUCAAUUGUUAGUUGUUCUACUAAUGAUGGAAAGCUGCUAA